AUGUAUGCAGGGUGCUGUAACGGUGACUUCUUUACUGAGAAGAUGUCCAUCAGCCUGAUUGAGCGCGGGAAUCCGUCCCGGAGUCUGGAGCAGGUGUGCCGCUGGGCAAACACCCAGCAGAGGCUCGACCCCGAGCACGCCGAGCAUCACGACCACGCUAUCUUCCUCACCAGGCAAGAUUUUGGUCCCGCAGGUUACGCCCCGGUAACAGGCAUGUGCCACCCGCUGCGGAGCUGCACACUCAACCACGAAGACGGCUUUUCCUCUGCCUUUGUGGUGGCGCACGAAACCGGACACGUGCUGGGAAUGGAGCAUGAUGGCCAGGGAAACCGCUGCUCGGAUGAGACCAGUAUGGGCAGCAUCAUGGCUCCGCUGGUCCAGGCCGCGUUUCACCGCUACCAUUGGUCCCGCUGCAGCAAACAGGAGCUCAACCGAUACAUCCACUCAUAUGACUGUCUUCUGGAUGAUCCGUUUGAGCUGAAAUGGCCUAAACUCACAGAGCUUCCCGGGAUAAACUACUCCAUGGAUGAGCAGUGCCGCUUUGAUUUCGGUGUGGGGUAUAAGAUGUGCUCCGCAUUCCGUACAUAUGACCCGUGUAAGCAGCUGUGGUGCAGUCAUCCUGACAAUCAGUACUUCUGUAAGACCAAGAAGGGCCCGCCGGUGGACGGGACGGAGUGUGCACCGGGAAAGUGGUGUUUUAAAGGCCACUGCAUCUGGAGGUCGUCCCAUGAGCCCUACGGACACGACGGAGGCUGGAGUUCCUGGGGAAAGUUCGGCUCGUGUUCUCGUACCUGCGGAGGAGGCGUUCGGUCCCGCAACCGCCAGUGCAACAACCCUGUGCCGGCGUAUGGAGGUCGUGAUUGUCCGGGAUCAACUUUGGAUUAUCAUGUGUGUAACACAGAGGACUGUCCCGGCCCAUACGAGGACUUCAGAGCGCAGCAGUGCGUCCAGCGCAGCAACAAAUACCACAAUAACAUCAAACACACGUGGCUGCCAUACGAACAUCCUGAUGAGGCUCAUAAGUGCGAGUUGAGCUGCCGCUCUAAAGAGACGGGUGAAGUCGUCUUCAUGAACCAGGUGAUGCAUGAUGGGACGCGCUGCAGUUACACGGAUCCGUUCAGCGUCUGCGCUCGAGGAGAGUGUCUGAACGUCGGCUGUGAUAAGGAGGUGGGAUCGUACAAACAGGAGGAUAAAUGUGGCGUCUGUGAGGGAGACAAUUCACACUGCCGAACCGUCAAACUCACGCUCACCAAAACCCCCAAGAAGACAGGUUUGCUGAAGAUGUUUGAUAUUCCUGCUGGAGCUCGGCACAUUGUGAUCGAGGAGAAUGAAACGUCGCCUCAUGUAAUUGCUGUUAAAAAUCAGGUCACUGGCAGUUUUAUCUUGAACGCCAAGGGAGAAGAAAUCACGUCCAAGACUUUUAUUGAGAACGGCCUGGAGUGGGAAUAUUCGGUGGCAAACGGCAAAGAGUCGCUGAAGACCGUCGGGCCGCUGCACGAAGGCAUCGUGGUGCUGGUCGUCCCGCAGGCCGAGGACACCAAGAUCAGUUUGAGCUUCAAAUACAUAAUUCAUGAAGAUCUUCUGCCGGUCAUCACCAACAACAAUGUCUUGCUGGCCGAACUGGACACGUACGAGUGGGCGCUGAAGAGCUGGUCGCACUGCUCCAAACCCUGCGGCGGAGGUGUCCAGUACACUAAAUACGGCUGUCGGAGGAAGAGCGACGGGCGUUUGGUUCACAGGAACUUCUGUGAGAUCAAUAAAAAGCCCAAACCCAUCCGCAAACGCUGCAACACCAACAGCUGCAGCCAGCCCACGUGGGUGCUGGAGGAGUGGGGUCCGUGCAGUAAAUCCUGCGGGAAGCUGGGAUAUCAGUCUCGGGUGGUCCAGUGCAUGCAGCCGCUCCAGAACGGCACCAACAAACCCGUUCACACCAAAUACUGCAGCGAGGAGCGUCCUGAGACCCGCAGAGCCUGUAACACCAGCACCUGCCCGUCUCAGUGGAGGACCGGAGCAUACACACAAUGUUCGGGGAGCUGCGGUGAAGGGAUCCAGCAGCGGCAGGUCAUCUGCAAGCCGUCUGAAGGACAGUGUGAUGCUGACAAACCCGAGUCUGUGUCCGUCUGCAAGCUUCCUCCCUGCACAGGAGAGCCAUCUUUACUCAGUCCCACUAAAGAUAUACUGGAGAAUUUGACCACUGAGGAGGAGAAACCAGCGGAAAACACUCUGGAUAAAGACUCUAAUGAGCCGUGUCUGGGUGACAAGUCCAUCUUCUGUCAGAUGGAGGUUCUGGCGCUCUACUGCUCCAUCCCGGGAUAUCAGAAGCUCUGCUGCGAGUCCUGUAACAGGAAGUUGGGUUUCAGUACGCUUUCUCCAGACGUUCAUCCUCCCUUCUCAUGGCUUCCGGAUUUCACCUUUCCUCCUCUUCCUCAAACGAGUCCUGCUCCGACUCAGACGUCUGUUCCUCCGCUCGUCCACAGCACUAAAGCAGCUCGCAGGAGACCUCGGCCCACUUCCUCCAGCCCUAAAGCGGACGCGACCACUUCCUGUCCCUCACCUCUACCUCCAGACACACUCCAGAUCCAGGACUCGCUCGCCUCGACCCGAGUCCCGGUCACAUGAUCACUAACCAAUCACACAGCAGCUACUGGUUACCUCAGAACGAACCGACGUCACCCACAAUCCUCUGCUCCGGGAGAAACUGAGCUGUUUUGUGUCUUCAGGACUACUAGACGCGUCUUCAGCGUGUUUGUGAUUAUUCGCUCGUGUAGAUCGUAGCUGUGUUGUUUUGAGUCUAGCUGCGGAUCUGGUGUAGUUCUGUGAUCGAACAGUUUAACCCUCAAAAAA